AUGUAUCCGCCAAGCUCUACCAGCUACCACACUAUGCAACCUCCAAAUCGAGGUGCUCAAAUGCAGAUGCAACAGGGGCCUGGGCAAGCUCAACCGGGAAAGCCUGCUCCAAGCUACGAUGCAAAGACGAUGCCGCCUAAUGGAUAUAUGCCGUACCAGCCUCAUCAAGGACAAAUGGCGCCGCCACAACAAGGAAUGCCACCACCAUCGAUUAAUGGGACAAAUGGUCAUGUUGGUUAUCCUGGUCAACCAAACCAUAUGAAUCAACCUCAGUUUGCCGUCCCUGAAAAUUAUCAACGAAUGAUGCCGCCACCGCAACACCCGAUGAUGCAUCACGCACCACAAGGACAGCAUCAACCGCCUCAUCCGCAGUCACAUAAUCAGUCGCUCAUGCAUCAUGCUAUGGCAAAUGCGAGCCAAGCGCGAAUGAUGGGCAGUGGAAUGCCUAGUCCGAUGGCACCUCAUCCGCAUCCACAUCAACAAGGACAGCUUCAACAAGGUCAACAUCCGCCAGUUCAACAUCCUCCAGGACAGCAUCCACCGGGUCAACAUCCAGCACUUCAACAUGCGCCUCCGCAACAUCCUCAUAUGAGACCUCCGUCAAGCAAUCAGAUGCCGAUGAAUAAUGCAGCACCUGCGCCACCAGGAAGCAUGCCACCACCAACUAUGCCACCACCAAAUUCUCAUGUAGCUGCUUCUUUUGCUAAAAAUCAGCAACAAAUGCAUCAACAGCAUCCAGGAAUGCAUCAAGGAAUGGCAUCGCCAUCUAUGAAUAUGCAACAGCAAUAUCAUGCUCAACAGGCUCGCCAGCAUCAUGCCCAACAACAAGCGCGACAGCAGCAGCAGGCUCAACAACAGGCUCAUCAGCAGGCGCAACAGCAAGCGCAACAACAAGCUCAGCAACAGGCGCAACAAAAAGCACAGCAACAAGCGCAGCAACAAGCUCAGCAACAGGCGCAGCAACAAGCUCAACAACAGGCUCAACAACAGGCUCAACAACAGGCUCAACAACAGGCUCAACAACAGGCUCAACAGCAGGCUCAACAACAGGCUCAACAACAGGCUCAACAACAGGCUCAACAACAGGCUCAACAACAGGCCCAGCAACAAGCUCAACAGCAGGCCCAGCAGCAAGCUCAACAGCAGGCUCAGCAACAAGCCCAGCAACAAGCCCAGCAACAGGCGCAGCAACAAGCUCAGCAACAAGCUCAGCAGCAUACUCAGCAGCAAGCGCAGCAACAAGCUCAGCACCAUGCUCAGCAGCAAGCUCAGCAACAUGCUCAGCAACAAGCUCAGCAACAUGCACAACAUCAGGCGCAGCAACAUCAUGCUCAACAAAUGGCGCUUCAUCAAACUCAGCAACAAGCACAUCAUCAUUUCCAAACUCAACAGCAAGCGCAUCAGCAUGCCAAUAACAUGGCAAUGCAAUCCGCUUAUCAAUUGGCAAUUCAACAGGCUGAACAUCAAGCACUUCUUUAUUUAAAGUAUCAAGAGAUUCAAAACCAGCAGCAUGAAGCCGCAGCGCAAACUUCGCCCAGAUAUGCCAGCAUUGGUUCAAAUGCGCCAUGCUAUGAUACACAUUACAGCGUUGUUACACACUAUGACAUGCCACCAGCCAUGCAAGAUCAACGCGAAGCAUUCAAGAAGAUUAAUCCCUUGGUUGAGCGCUAUUAUAUGCGUGUCAAACAAAAACUCCGAAUUGCUUAUCCUUCGGGAACCAAAUCUGCUCGUAAAGAUGAGCCACCUACAUUUGGGUACCUUCCAAGUUGCCCAUUUUUUCAUGAAGAAUACGAGAGGGUUCCUUACCCAAAUCCGAUGAAUCGUGGGCCGCCAACAUACUUGAAUCGGUCUCAGUCAAUGCAAACUCAUAUCGCUUCAACGUCCGUUAACAGAUCACCAUCCGGCAAGCCUCCAGCAAAAAAAGCUAGAAGUUCAUCUGUAGCUAACGAUGACAAUUCAUUCCAAAUGCCUUCGACAUCAAUGAUGCCACCACGACAAUAUGGCGAAGGCCCAUCAAACAUGGAUUUCAGCAUUCCUCCACGCCCUCAGCUACUCCCACCACCAACCUCGCAGCCAAUGCCACCACCCCAGCAGCCAAUGGUUAACAUGCCAAAUGGAUACAUGCCUCCACCACAAUUGAGCGCUGAGAUGCGCGCACCAAAUUACAGUCAAAAUGGAAUGCCGAUGAUGCCGCCACCACAGCAGCAAGGACGCAUGAGUGAUCCAGCUCUUGGACACAAUGAAUUUCGCAUGCGCGCUCCUGAUGUUAUGUGCGCUGGGUGCCAAAGAGUUAUUGUGCCAGGAACUCCUUCUCUUGGAUGUAUGUACAAUGAGUGCAAGAAUGUGUAUCACAAGGCGUGCACUGGACUUGUAGAAUCAGCUUACCAGAAAUUGGAGCAAGAGAACCCUGUCGCCCGAUGGGUCUGCCCAAACUGCACCCCAUCGGUGAACCGCCGUGACAACUUCAACGCUUAA